AUGCUUAAACCGUGUGCAGAACAAGGUCGCAGAGACGAUUUGGAAUCUCUUGGAUACGUUCUACUGUACUUGGUCAAAGGCACGUUACCUUGGAUGAAAAACAUUGAGGGAGAAGAUUUUGAUGUGAAAAAGUGUGGAGAUCUGAAAAAAAAAUCACAUAAAACUCUUUGUGCUGAUUUACCAGAAAAUUUUGGCAAAUAUUUUGACUACGUAAGAAAAUUGGAGUUCUUCGAAACUCCCGAUUACGAUGAGUUGAUAAAUCUUUUUCAAACCGUUUACAAACGAGAAGAAUUUCCUGAUGACAAUUUAUUCGAUUAG